GCAUUUCCGCAUCGCACGGCCGUCCUUUCCUGUCUACGGCCUGUAAGAAGAUGGCGGUGCCGAUCUCAAAGAAGAGGAAAUUUGUGUCGGAUGGAAUCUUCAAGGCAGAGCUGAAUGAGUUCCUGACUCGUGAGCUCGCUGAGGAUGGAUACUCGGGUGUUGAGGUCCGCGUGACCCCUACCAGGACUGAGAUCAUCAUCCUCGCCACAAGGACCCAGAAUGUGCUGGGAGAGAAAGGCCGUCGCAUCAGAGAGUUGACCGCUGUGGUCCAAAAGAGGUUUGGCUUCCCUGAGGGCAAUGUAGAGUUGUAUGCUGAGAAGGUGGCCACUCGCGGGUUGUGCGCCAUCGCUCAGGCUGAGUCUCUGCGCUACAAGCUGCUAGGAGGUUUGGCUGUGCGCAGGGCGUGUUAUGGUGUUCUGAGGUUCAUCAUGGAGAGCGGCGCCAAGGGCUGCGAGGUGGUGGUGUCUGGCAAACUCAGGGGCCAAAGGGCAAAGUCCAUGAAGUUUGUGGACGGCCUGAUGAUCCACAGCGGCGACCCAGUUAACUACUACGUCGACACGGCCGUCCGCCACGUACUGCUGAGGCAGGGCGUGCUGGGCAUCAAGGUGAAGAUCAUGUUGCCGUGGGACCCCAGCGGUAAGAUCGGACCCAAGAAGCCUCUGCCCGACCACGUCAGCAUUGUGGAGCCCAAAGACGAGCCCCUCCCCACCACACCCAUCUCUGAGCAGAAGGGCGCCAAGCCAGACGUGCCCGUCAUGCCCCAGGGUGCACCUGUACCCACCGCAUAAGAGGGCUUUCACUUCACUCCCUGAGGACAGCCCAGUUUGUGUACAAAAACAAUAAAGUGGAAAAAAGAA